AUGUCCGUUACUGGCUGUAAAUGUAGGAAAUGAUUUAUAAAUUGAUCACACUGAUGUUCAGUUAAACCACUGCUUGUCUGUCCGUGCCUGUUAGUCCACAAAGAUGAGCAAGGCUGUGGUUUUCCUCUUCGUCAUAGGUCUUAUGAUCUCCGUAGUGACAGCCUGGUGGUCGACGGACUCACCUCUUCAGUUUCCAGUCGACUGUAACAGAGAAGCCUUGCGGACCUUUGCGACCAACUGCGGGCUCUCGGAGCACUCCAUGGGGAACCACUACAUCCUGAGGGAUCCAAAGAGCAAUGACAUUAACAACAUCGUCAUAGUGAUAGCAGAUGACUUGCGAGAUUUCGGCACGUGCGAGAAGAUCGUUCGAGAUCUUAAUGAAAGAUGCAAUAAGGAUUACUUCGACUACUAACGCUAUGUUAACAUCAACCAUGGCUUUUCACGUUCCUUCGUCGUUAUACUCUUCGAUCAGCUUUUUAUUAAGAACUGUAUUUCAGUGGUAUAAAUUAUUACAUUCGUACCAUUGUUUAUCAAAUACGAUACAAUACUUUAAUGUGUUCUAAAAACAAACUAUUUUAACAAACAAUCUGGUCUUAAUGCGUGUAUUGAAAGUGUCAUCCUUGUUCUGCGUGUGUAAUUACUGGCUAAUCAUGGACGACUCUUUCCGCAUUUAGGGAAUUGUUCUUGCUCAAGAAGUAUUUUCUAAACAAAAGUCCAAUAAUGGCGCAAAGUGGUGUCCCCGAUUAGCCUGUUUGGACUGCUCAGAUUAUUUAUUACGACGCUUUACGCACAUGCGUUAAGCCCAGUUUUUCAAGAAUAAUUCCUAAACUGUGUUUUAUGUAUUUAAGGCCGCUUCUGCUAAUAAAUAUUAUCGUCUCGAACUUUUUGUAUGUGUUAAAUGAACAUACU